CGCUACGCUUGCAAUGGCAAUAUUAACAGAUAAAGUCUUGAAAAAAUAUAUACGGACCCCUGGGCAAUGGAAUGAGAUCGACGAAAUAAUGGCACCUGCUCUUCUCGUCCAAAGAUUAUUUGGCCAACAAAUAUUGGACCCAGAUUGGAGUUUGAAGAAGCACGCAAGUCAUCAGCUAUUCACAAUUUUCCUAGUAAUCUACGUGAUCUGUGGCACUUUGGAUUUCCUUAACACCACGACCGACCAGGGUCAAAUUGUGGAAGGAUAUUACACGUUAAUCAUAAUUUCAUCAUUCAUAGUCAAGUACCCCCUUUUCUUUGUGAACAGAAAACCGAUACAGAAGUCGUAUCUCAUAGCCAAAACCACACUAUUUGAUUUGAUCAGGGAAAAUGGAGAAAAAGCCCAAACUUUAUUGAAAUACUGCAGAAAUCUCAUCUUACUGCUGUUCAUAAUGAUCUUGCUUCCAUUUAUGUCUUAUAUAUUGACGGCCAUGUACUACUACGCGAUUCGUUCAAGGGUGACAUUAUCCAAAACGACUUCAAUACUGGUUCCUAUGACGUCACCGUUUUACGAAAUCGGAUUCUUGCUUCACGCAAUAUUCAUGUUCGAAAUAUCGUUUUUGCUGCUGGUGGUUGAUAUGUGGUUCGUUUUCUUUAUGUUCUUUUACUGCAUAGCUUGCGAUAGGCUCGCGGAAAUCUUGGAGGUCAAGAGAGAUGGAGGAGUUUAUGAGAUUGAACUGAAUAGAGCAUUGAAAAAGUUUUACAUUGCUCAUGAUAAUCAGAUGAAAUAUUUGAACAUUAUAAGUGCGAUUUACAAAUGGUCGACAUUGAUACCUUUAUGUACAGUAUUAGCGAGCAUAUGUAUAAUCAUGCUUCAAAUGACAGAGAAAAUCAACUGGAUCUUCGCUACUAACACGGUACCGACUCUAGCCGAGAUCUUCGCCUACAAUUGGUUUGGGGAAAUGGUCAAGACAAAGGCUGAGAACGUCACAUUAGCAUUAUUGGAAUUCCACUGGACCGGUUUGCGUUAUAAAGACAAGAAGAACUACCAAAUUAUAAUAUGCUACACCAACAAGGCUUUUGGAAUUAGGACCGCAUUCGGAAACGAUCUGUCUAUGUCUACUAUGAGCGCUGUAUUCAAAGCCAGCUAUCAAGCGUUCGCGGUCAUGAAAUCGAUGCAAAAUUAAUCUGAACGCAAAAGCCGGUCGCGCCCUGUAUAAUUGAAUUAGUUUUUUUUUUUGUGCAUAUAUUGGUUAACCGAAAUAUUCGAGGGAAUAUUCGCGCGUGUUUUAUGUACUUUUAGAACUACAGAUGCAGUUAAACACGAUAGUGAAAUAGGAAAUCGUUUAUAUGCACGCUGGUACAAUUUAAUAUACAGUAUACUGUCACCUCACGGAGACAUGGUACAUGAAUAGCCGCGAUAUCCAAAAGAUCGAUGCCUUUGAAGCGUGGGUGUGGCGGAGGAUGCUACGAAUACCGUGGACUGCUAUGAGAACUAACGAGUCCAUUCUA